CUCUCCUAAGCAUGAGGAGGAUGAUGCUUUCCUUCCUCUGCCUACUGAUGCACCUGCUUCAGGAUGAGACAACUUCGCUUUUAGUUUUGGAAAACCGAGAUCUGCAAGAGUCGAUUAAGCCACAGAAGGUAGAGUUCCAUUCGCUAAAUUUCAACACCACUUUGCAUUGGCAGCCUGGGUGGGCCAGAGAGGCGGGAGACGCGCUCUACUUUGUGCAGUAUAAAGUGUAUGGGCAGAGUACGUGGAAAAACAAAGAUGACUGCUGGGGGAUUUCAAGCCGUGUCUGUGACCUAACACAUGAGACCUCUGACAUCCAGGAGCCUUACUACAGCAGAGUGAGAGCAGCCUUGGCUGGUGUCUAUUCCAACUGGAGCCUCAGCUGCAGAUUCACUCCUUGGAGAGAAACUAUGAUAGGACCACCGAUGGUAACUGUGGUUCAUAGCAACAAAUCCAUAACAGUAAAGCUCCAGGCUCCACAAUCUCCUUACAAAAGGAAGAGAGGCAGCAAAAUACCAAUGACAAAUUAUUAUGAUCUGCUGUAUCAAGUCUUCAUAAUUAACAACUUCCUAGAUGAGCAACACAGGGUCCUGGUGUAUGAAGGGAAAGAGAAGAUUAUUAAAAUACAAGAUUUGAGUCCUGGAGUCAGCUACUGCAUCGUGGCUAAAAUGUACAUGCCAAUGCUGGACCACAGCAGUGCCUACAGCAGCAGGCAGUGUACUAUGCUGCACUGACAGGGCUGGCACCUCUGAGACAGGAUAAUAGUAGAAGAUGCCUUCCAUCACAGGUCUAGCGUAAAUCAACAUCUGCUGUCAAUGUCUGGAAUGCAUACUUGGAUACUUUUUAAACCAACCUUUGCUCCAUUAAAUUAUUUGAUUCAUUACAAUCAUUUUAUGAUGCAUGAAGAUCAAGGAU